CAACCGCUUAUUAGCACCCUAUUGUAUUACACCAGGUGCUGAAAAAUCCUUGAAACAAGAUUAUUCUUAAGAUAUAUCAAAUAAUCGUUUGUUGGAUAAAAUUGUACAAAAUUAUCUUGGAUUAAUUGAUCGCCAAUCAGCGACAAAUUAUACUAACUUCUUUCGUACAUAUCGACGCGUACCGCGGCCGAAAACGCAGCGUUCGCUCCGCAUAUUAUUCGCAAACGUUAUCUGGAAAAACCAGCAAACUAUGGUGACCAGCAGAAAAGGCAGCAUGGCGGAAGAGAGGCGCAAGUCCAGCAUGACGCCAGACAGCAGAAAAGCCAGCGUAUUUGAGAAGCCUGUGGACUUGGACGACGUCCUUGUCAACGAGGUCGGCCAGUUUGGUCGAUUUCAGCUUCAGAACAUCUUGCUCGUCGCCCUUCCUAUUAUUAUGUCCGCCUUCAUGAGCGAAUACAUUUUCUCCGCUGCUGCUAUCCCUCAUAGAUGUCAGGUGCCAGAGUGCGGUGAAAAUAGUAAAGAUGCAGAAUUCGAACCGGAGUGGCUUAUUAAUGCGAUCCAAAAUACGAGCUCUGGCUGGGAGAGCUGUGACCGCUACAGACCGCUCGGCCUCAACGGAUCGCUGGACAUUUGUCCUGCCUCACUCUUUGACCAGUCCAGCACCGUCCAGUGCAAUGGGUUCGUUUAUGAGAGAACCAAUUCAGUCGUUUACGAUUUUGACCUGGGUUGUCAGGAGUGGCUGCGCGCUUUAGCUGGUACCCUGAACAGUGUGGGUACUUUACUAGUGCUCAUUAUCAUUGGCGGCAUCUCGGAUCGCUUUGGACGACGCAUAGCGCUUUGCGUCAGUGUUUUCAACCUGGCGCUCAUCGGUCUCAUCCGUGCUUUCUCUGUUAACUAUCCCAUGUAUUUGGCACUACAGAUUUUGCAAACUACACUUGGUGCUGGAACGUUUAGUUCAGCAUAUGUAUUUGCGACUGAACUUGUUGGACCAAAGUUCCGAGUUGUAACUAGCGCAACUUGCUCGUCAAUGUUUGCCGUGGGACAGGUGAUCCUUGGAAGUGUGGCGUGGGUAGUACAGCCCUGGCGAUAUAUGAUUAUGACGCUACAUAUCCCUUGCUUUCUGAUAAUUUCUUAUUACUGGAUUUUGUCGGAGAGUGUGCGCUGGCUACUCUCGAAACGCCGCUACGACGAAGCCAGGCUAGUGCUCGAGAAGGUGGCGAGAGUUAACAAGAAGCAGAUUAGCGAGAAAUCUUUGAACGCAUUAUUGAACCCUCCUCAACCAGUCGUUGUUGAGGAAACUGGAGAAGGACCUGGGUUAUUAAAGACAAUCAUCAGGUCCCGAGUGCUGCUGCGGCGCGUGUGCACGACGCCCAUUUGGUGGAUUACGACCACUUUCGUUUACUACGGGCUCAACAUCAACGCUACUGGGCUCUCGGGAAACAUGUACCUCAACUUCAUCUAUACCUGUCUCAUCGAGAUUCCUGGCUUCUACACAGCGGUGCUCGUGCUCGACAGAAUCGGCAGGAAGCCCACUCUCGCCAGCGGGUUUAUCUUUAGCGCAAGUUGUAACAUCGCCUUUGUUUUCAUUCCUGAUGACCUGGCAACGCUGCGACUCGUGCUGUUUUUGCUGGGUAAGUUCGGUAUCUCCGUGGUGUUCACCUCGCUGUACCUGUUCACGUCGGAGCUGUACCCCACCGAGUACCGGCACACUCUGCUCGCCUUCUCCUCCAUGGUAGGCCGCAUCGGUUCCAUCACAGCGCCGCUCACGCCUGCACUCGCGGAAUACUGGCAUGGCAUUCCAUCACUGAUGUUUGGCACAAUGGGUUUUCUGGCCGGCAUCCUGGUGCUGACCCAACCGGAGACACUCGGCACCAAGAUGCCCGACACUCUCGCCGAGGCUGAGGCGCUGGGCAAGAAAACUAGUUAGCGUAAUUGAAAUUCCUGUUCAAUAUUUUCUUGCUAGCUGUUUAUUAGAAUCGUGAAACUACACUCGUAUUUAUUAAGCAGUCCUAAAAUAAGAAUUAGUAAUAAUUGAAAUGAUAGUUUAUUGUAUUGUAGUACAUAAUUAAUAACAUUCACAAACAUUUUUCUCACAAUUUCACGUUGUUUAUGUAUUUUUUAAUAUUUUAGCGUAUUUGGUUCCCGAUUGCCGUCAGACGUCGUCCAUGACAACUUAAGCAAAAUAAACCGAUUUAAAAUCACCCACUGACAAUAAUAAUAAUGUCGAAUUACAAACAAAAGAACGCUUCUAAAAUGUUUCUGACAUCAGAAGUGCUUGAGAAGGAGCUCGGGCAUUCGGACCGAACUAUAUAUAGGAGGAAUAUCACCUCGAUCGCAUCGUCUGCCUUUCCCCAUAAGUAACCAAAACGCCUUUACAUUUUUCGACUGUUUUGUAUAGAUGUCGGAUUUUAGAAUGCAAUUAGGACAAUAAAUUUUCUCCAUUCAAUCUGAAGUAGAAGUAAAACGGCGACGCUAGGAAUAAAAAUGUAUAAAACUCUGGCUAACCCCUCGAUGAAUUUCUUCAAACAAUUCCCAGUGUCAUCGGCUGCGACGAAUUUGUAUUUUGUUUAUGCAGGGAGUUAAUUAUUCAGUCGUUUAUUAUAAGGGCCGGAUAUAAUCAAAUUAAACAAGUAAUCUUUUCUUUGUCUCCGCUCUUAAACAGCAAUUUCAUAAUUUUAAGAGAUAAUUCGUGAAAAUGUUUGUUUUAUUGCUGAUGCCGUAAAGAUGUCUUGGUGAGCCUUUUUAUUGUUUAAAAGUAAUUCAUAAGGCGGUUGCAACAAUUUUACCGUAUAGACUUUGGUACUGCGUUUAUAAUAAGACAUGCUAUGAAUAAUCACUGUAUUUUAAGCUUGCACUGAAAUCCAAAAAUAUAUCUGCUUUUUUUCUAAAUGUUCAACGAAUAAAUUUAAAUAAAUCUUCCCUUAUGUACCGAAUACCGUUUCUGGUAAUAACUUAAUUUAAUAUAACUAUUACAACCUAAUCUGUCUG